AUGCUAACAGAUAGUCCAUCAUAUAAACGUUCAAAUAAGGAGAAUUCAUAAAAAUACUGUUCGAUUGUUAGACAGAGUAACAUUUCUCAUAAACUCAUCAAUGAAGUGUUAAAUAGUGGAUCUGAUUAUCUACAAGAUUAAUUAGAAUAAAUUGAUCAUAAAAUAAUUGAAUACUAAUCCAACAUUAAGAAAAAGAUAACAUCUCUACUUGGUGAAUCUAAAUGCUCAAUAGAUUAAUCAACUUAUUAAACUAAACUAUAAGAUUUACGUUUUGAAGAAUAAAAGUACCAUAAAUAAAUAAUUUAGUUAUCAGUAAAUGCAAAAUGAUAUUGUUAAACAAUAAUCUAUGCUUUAUGAUUACUAUGAAAAUGAAUUCAACAAACUCAAAUCUUAAUAUUAGUUGAUAACUUAAGAACAUCAAUAAUUUCUCAAAGAAAGAAGUGAUGUUCAUUAAACAUAUAAUUCAAUAUUAGAAACAAAAGCUAUGUUGUAAGAAGAUUUGAAUGCAAAAUUGUUAUAAAGAGCAGAGUUAGUUGGUUAGAAAGAAGAAUUAGAAGAAUUUGUUGAACAAAUUAAAAAUGAGCAUCCUUAACUUACUGAAAUUGUUGAAUCAAUUUAUUAAUGUGAUUUAAAAGUAAAAGAAAUUCUUCAAAAUAUUUAAGAAAUAAAAAUACAUAUCUAAUAGUUGUAUUUUUAAUAAGAUUAGAAAAAAAAAUAAUUAGCUUCAUUUAAUUAAACUACUUUAUUGGAAGUGUAAGUACAUUAACAAACUUAAAAGGUUAAAUCUUUAAGAAAUAAAAUUGUACCAAUUUAAAAAAGCUUGAAUUUGUAACAUCCAGAUUCUAUUCUAAAUGACUUUAUAGCUUAAUAUGGAAAUUAACCUAUUCAUUUAGAGUCGAUUGAGUUCCAAACUAAAUUAUCUAGUUUUAUUCAGCAAUUUAGAAAUAAUCUAUUCAAGUAGGGAAAUUUAGGAAGUAAUUGGGGAAGUUUGAAAGAAUUUGUAUUUUAAUUGGAAUAAUUUAUAUUUGCCUCAUUAUCUCAAAGAUAAAUCUAUAUUCAAUUAUCUGUAAUUAAUAAUUAUAUAUAUAUAUAGGAUUUAAAGCAUAGUUUAAAAUAAUAUGGUGAUGAAUUAUUGAUAUCAAAUGAAGUUUGUGCUUUAGAUCAUUAAGUAGAAUUAAAGAAAUAAUAAAUAAAAGAAUUAGAAGAAGAACAUUCUUCAGCACUAUAUAGAAGAGAAAUGUAUAUAUAUUUUCAAUAAUAGAUUAUAUGAUUAAUUUCAAGAAAGGAUCAGUUAAUUAAGUGAAUAGGCAUUUCAACAAUAUUAGGAUUAGAAUGAAGAAGAACUUAAUCAUAUAUUAAACAAACUUGGAAUUACCGAAUAUAAGUCUAUGCUUGACUAAACCUUUAAAGAGAUGUAAUUAUUAAUGCAGGAUUAAGAAGAGGUAAUCUUAUAUAAUAUUUUAAAAGGAGUAAUUUAAUAAUACUUAUAAACUGCUUUAAAAAUAUUAUCAAUAAGAUUAGGCAAUAAAAAUAAACAUUCAGAUUGUAGAUUAAGAAAUACUUCCUGAAUUAAAGAAUAUUUAAUAAUCAAUGAAUACAGCAAAGAAAGAUUUUGAUAAACUCAGUGGAAGCGAAAAACCUUAUAUCGAACGUAAAAAUAAAAUAGAAUAAGAGAUUGAGUAAUUAGAAUAAUAGUUUAAGAAAAAAAUUGAUCAUUUUAAUAAUCAAGAGUCAGAGUUAUAGAAAUAUUUAAGUUCAAUACAAUUAGCUAUUGAAAGUACUUAAGAGUAAUUGUUAUAAAAGAAUAAACCAAAUAAGGCUUUAUUAGAAUAAGAAAUAUUGUAACUUAACAAUAUGUUAACUCAAUUAUAAGAAUAAAAAAAAUAGAUAGAGAUGUCUUAAUUUUAAUAUAAUAAAUCUCCCUAAAAGAAUGAUUUAAGUAGACGAAGUUCAAAUGGAGGUAUUUUGUCAGUUUCAAAAUCGUAAAACUAAUUUUCAAAGUUACACAAAGAGACAACUGUUAAGAGUUAUAAUAAUAGUGUUGUGAAAGGUAUUACACCAUCAAAAGAGACUUCAAAUUUGUAUCAUAUUAAUAAAUAUUCUAAUGGAAACUGUAAAACAUCAUAAGAAUUAAGAUUGAGAUCCAACAUUUCAUUAAAAUUGAUAAAAUGA